UUUCUUUUCUUUAAAGUUUCAAAAUUAUACUUCAAUAAUAUUACAAUAUUGGAGACAAUUUUAAUACUACUUAAUUAAAAUUCAUUAUACUUUGUGUGCAUUAAAAAUUGUUUGACAUUUUAAGUUCUUAAUUAAUUCUAUUGAAUUGAUUAUAUAUAUUUGAGUGCAAAGCAUAAUUAUUGGGCACAAAUAAUGGCCAGUUUUUUAUGAAGGACCAAAAGAAUAUCUUUGUAGAGUAGAAAAAGCUUUAAAUAGAAGUAUUGAAAAGGGCAAAUGCACUUCUGAUGGCUGAACGCGGAGAACAGAAGCCGCAUUUCACCUUUUCAUCUUCCUUCUUCAACUGCAUAAUUAUUCUAUGGCCUCCACAAUCACAUCCAACAGUGAAUUUUUAGUUUUCUGAGGGCAGUUUUUUAAUUACUUUUCUUUUUCUGUUAAUUUUAAUUGGAUGAUAUUAUAGAUCAAUUUUCACACAUCAUAUUAUAAUGUUUCUUAAAUCUUGGAUAUAUUUUUUAUGAAUUCGAAUUAGACUCUAUUUAAAAACUCUGUGAUACGAUUUAAAUAAAAUAUUAUUUGAUGCAUGUGAUGAUAGCAGAGGGGUACAGAUAUAUAUUUUACCUAUUUUGAUAGAUUAUGAAAAUUUAGAUAAAAUUUAUUUGAAUGGUUAUGAGCGAUUAUGACUUUUUCUUUUUCACAAUAAAAUUGUUUCUUCCGCAUUUUAUCUAUGGAAUAAAUUUUAUAAUAAAAUCAUAUAAAUUUUGUCUUUAUUAUUUUUUUUUACACUUUGUGAGUGCGAUCGUAUGUGCAACUUAAAUUUUGCUCUGUUAUAACAUAAAUUUAUAUUUUAAAUAUUACUAAAGAUUGUUUCCAAGACUCGCCUUAAGGAUAUAAAUCCUUGAUAAACAAGGUAGGAAGUAUACCCUCUAGCUAACCAGGCUGCCCCUUUGGGUUAAGGCUUUACAGUUUACAAUCAAACUAAAGAAUUUUGGAUAUAUCUUCUCUUCAAAAUAAGUAUAUAUAUAGAGAAGCCCUCUUACUUCUUUUGCAAUGAAGAUACUACUCUUAACAUAUUCUAUCUAGAAAACAUCAGCUGCUGAGCUCACUAGUUCUCUUUUCAUUCAGUAAUUGUACUUUGUCUUUGAUUCUGUUAGUUAAUUAGCCAGCCCGUUUGAGUGUAAUUUCAUUCUAUUGCAUCCUAUGAUUCUUAGAGUUUAAAUUUCUUUAUGUGAUUCUAGGCAGGAGGAAAAAAUUGAACUUGGGAACUUCUCCUGGAUAGAGGAAAGGCUUGGUUGAUUGCCUUGGAGGAAAAGAUAUGGAUAUCAGCAAGAAAGAGUCGUCUUCGUCUCAGAGUCAUUCUGAAUCUUUGCCUUAUGUUCACAAGGUUGGACUGCCUCCAAAGCAAAAUCUUUUCAAGGAAAUUACUGCAGCUGUGAAAGAAACUCUUUUCGCAGAUGAUCCGUUGCGCCCAUUUAAGGAUCAAACAGGAUCAAGAAAGUUUAUCCUUGGAAUUCAAACUCUUUUCCCCAUUUUUGAAUGGGGAAGACACUACAGCUUCGAAAAAUUUAAAGGGGAUUUCGUUGCAGGCCUUACCAUUGCAAGCCUUUGUAUUCCACAGGAUAUUGGAUAUGCACAGCUUGCAAACCUUAAGCCUCAAUAUGGGUUAUAUAGUAGCUUUGUUCCACCUCUUGUUUAUGCCUUCAUGGGUAGUUCAAGAGAUAUUGCUAUAGGACCAGUGGCAGUGGUGUCCCUCUUGCUUGCAACUCUUUUGCAGGAUGAGAUUGAUCCUUCUAAGGACCCUGUUAACUAUCUACGCCUAGCGUUCACAGCUACAUUCUUCGCAGGAAUCACUCAAGUUACUCUAGGAUUUUUCAGAUUGGGUUUUCUGAUUGAUUUCCUAUCUCAUGCUGCCAUUGUUGGGUUUAUGGCUGGAGCUGCCAUUACUAUUGCCCUUCAACAACUUAAAGGACUGCUUGGCAUAACUCAUUUCACAAAGAAGACUGAUAUAGUCUCCGUGAUGCGCUCCGUCUUGACUACAGCUCAUCAUGGUUGGAACUGGCAGACAAUUGUCAUAGGAUUAUCAUUCUUGGUCUUCCUUUUGGUAGCCAAGCACAUUGGGAAAAAGAAUAAGAAAUUAUUCUGGGUAGCUGCAAUUGCUCCUUUGAUCUCUAUGAUUCUUUCCACUCUUCUAGUGUAUGUUACUCAUGCUGAGAAGCAUGGAGUUAAAAUUGUACGUGAGAUUAAAAGAGGGGUAAAUCCAUCAUCUUUGAAUGAAAUUUUUUUCUCUGGAGAGCAUCUUGGCAAAGGCUUCAGGAUUGGUGUUGUUGCUGGUAUGAUUGCCCUGACGGAAGCAAUCGCCAUUGGAAGGACAUUUGCUGCCAUGAAGGACUACCAGAUUGAUGGAAACAAAGAAAUGGUAGCAUUAGGAACCAUGAAUGUUGUUGGUUCAAUGACAUCCUGCUAUGUGGCUACAGGAUCAUUUUCUCGAUCAGCAGUGAACUUCAUGGCAGGCUGCAACACUGCUGUCUCAAACAUAGUGAUGUCCUUAGUUGUAUUAUUAACUUUGGAGCUCAUUACUCCAUUGUUUAAAUACACCCCGAAUGCUAUACUUUCCUCUAUUGUCAUAUCUGCUGUGAUUGGCCUAAUAGACAUUGAAGCAGUAAUUUUGAUAUGGAAGAUUGAUAAAUUUGAUUUUGUUGCCUGUAUGGGAGCCUUCUUCGGUGUAGUAUUUUCUUCUGUUGAGAUAGGCCUCUUAAUUGCUGUCUCAAUUUCGUUUGCUAAAAUCCUAUUACAAGUGACAAGGCCAAGGACUGCCAUACUUGGAAAAUUACCUAGGACGACUGUUUACAGGAACAUUCAACAGUAUCCUGAGGCUUCCAAGGUUCAGGGAAUUUUAAUUGUCAGAGUUGAUUCAGCAAUUUACUUUUCCAACUCAAAUUAUAUCAAGGAGAGGAUUUUGAGAUGGCUGACUGAUGAAGAAGAACGUCUUAAAGAAAAUAACUUACCCAGAAUCCAGUUUUUAAUCGUCGAAAUGUCUCCUGUAACUGAUAUUGACACUAGUGGGAUCCAUGCCUUCAAAGAGUUGCAUCGUAGUCUUCAGAAGAGGAAUGUUCAGCUUGUUCUAGCAAAUCCAGGGCCUGUGGUGAUGGACAAGCUCCAUGCUUCUGGGUUUGCAGAGAUGAUAGGGGAGAACAACAUUUUUCUGACAGUCGCAGAUGCUGUUCAUACAUGUGCUCCAAAGAUGGUGGAAGUGUGAAGUCAUUAUCAUCCCUAAAACAUUGGAAGCUGCUUUCCAUUACACAAUUGUAACAUUUUGGUAGCACGCUCCUAAUGGAUCAAUUUGAUCCGGAUCAAAGGGCUAAAAAUGUAUUU